UGUCUUCUCUUGCAGACCAACUCAGCUGCCAGCAAAAGCAGGUGCUCUCCCCCUACCAGUGCUCCAGAGGAAUAUUUAGAAUGGAAAACUUGAUGUUUGUCUACUGGUCCUGUAAAGUUCUCUGGACAGUGCUUGUAACAACGCUGGGUUAUUCCAGCAGCCUGCCUGUGGGGGAGGAUGCUCUCUGCACAGCAGAGGAACUUGCUAAGUACAGGAUAAUCUUCACAGGGAAAUGGAGUCAAACUGCUUUCCCCAAGCAGUACCCACUCUAUAGGCCCCCAGCACAGUGGUCAUCCUUGCUAGGUGUUACUCAUAGUUCUGACUACAGCAUGUGGAAAAAAAAUGAAUAUGCCAGCAAUGGUGUACGUGAUUUUGCUGAAAAGGGUGAAGCAUGGGCAUUAAUGAAAGAAAUAGAAGAAGCUGGAGAGAAAAUUCAGAGUGUACACGGAAUCUUCUCUGCUCCUGCAAUUUCCAGUGGUACAGGACAAACCUCUACUGAAUUAGAAGUGCAUCCAAGACAUCCCUUAGUUUCGUUUGUUGUACGAAUUGUUCCAAGCCCCGACUGGUUUGUGGGUAUUGACAGCCUGAAUCUCUGCGAAGGAGACCACUGGAUGGACGAAGUAUCAGUAGAUCUAUUUCCAUAUGAUGCUGGAACUGACAGUGGAUUCACAUUUUCCUCCCCAAACUUUGCCACUAUUCCACAGGACACAGUUACAGAGAUCACUUGUUCCUCUCCAAGUCACCCAGCAAACUCGUUUUAUUAUCCCAAACUCAAAAUUUUGCCACCAAUUGCUCAAGUAACAAUGGUGAAAUUAAAGAAAAGCCAGCUAGGUCUUUCUGCACCUUUUAUUAAUCUUCCAGCUAAAAGCAAUGAAAUAAUAGACACUGUCUCAGAAACACCCCUGGACUGCGAGGUUUCACAAUGGUCUUCCUGGGGUCUCUGCAGAGGCGUUUGCAGGGAAACAGGGACCAAGAUCAGAACUCGUUUUGUACUUCUUCAGCCUGCCAAUAAUGGGAUGCCUUGUCCAAACCUGGAUGAAGAAACAGGAUGUGAACCAGAGAACUGUGUCUGAAAUAAAGAAAAAAUAAUAAUUAGGAUAAUUUAAAAGUAGCAUAAGUUUAAAUCUAAACUACAUGCCAAUCAAUGUUCUUUAUAAUUUGGAUACGCUGCACUAUUUUGCUGAAAAGCUGUAUUAGAGUGGUUUUGAAAGUUUUUAUUUAAUAUUAAGAUUUUGGGGGGAUUAAAUGCCUAAGGUUUAGUAGGACAACAGUACUGGAUAAUUUACAGACCAAAAACCCCCAAAUAAAUCCUUCCUCCAGAUACACUGUAAGUUCUUUGAGUACCCUCUAGUGGUAGAAAAGAAGAUAUUUGGAAACAUUGUACUUCACGUUUUUACAUCACAGUAAAAAUCUUUCAAUCACAAAAUCUAAACUAAUAACCUCCUUAAAUAUUGUAAUUUGUUUAUCUACAGCUAUUUAUACCUAGAAAAUGUUUUUUUUCCUCUAAAUUAUGUUUUUAUAAUUUAUUGGCAUUUUUGUCGUCUUUCUAACCUUGCUUAAUGUCCAUUUCUUCAGAAACUACUUACAGAAGUCAGAGUGAGCAGAUAUUUGCAGUGCGGUUAAGACAAUAAUGGAACUGAGUAAACUUGUUUUGAGACUUCUGAAUAUAUGAAAAUGUCUUUUUCUUGUUCUUUCUCAAAAGUGAGAAGAAUAACUGCCAUGAGGACACUCAGCCAACAAAAUGACUAGAAAAAAAAUCAGAAGUGUGGAUGGUAGCAGAAACAUCUGAGCUGAAUUAAAAGUGUUAGCUGAGAUUCAAAAACUGAUUGUUGGUGUGUGUCUCUCAUGAGACAACUUUAAUCUCAAUGUUAACGCUGUUAACCAUAACAUAAAUUAUAUCAUGAACCUUAUAUAUACAGUAAAUGUGUCCAUUUUUCUUUA